CGUUGAAUUUUAAUGUAAAUAUUUGGUUGACCCUUUUGGUUAAUCAUGUAAAUGAGCGCUAGAUGGCGCUGUGUGAGCACAAAAUAGGGUUUGAGCGAAUGUAAGGUAAAUGUCAUCAGAGACGCGGAGGAGAUUGUGCUGAAUUUGUAGGGCAAUGCAAACGUGAACUUUAUUAUAUUUUAAUUGCAGGUCAUGUUUAUGUUCAUUCGUUUAAUGUACGGAUAUAUCUGUGACAGAAUGUGACCUUUGAGACCGAGUCUGAUUGGUCUGAGCUAAUUAAUUAUCAUUAAGUACAUGAUGUUAUAUUAUUCGUCGCAGCGCCUUUUUGAGACUCGAACUUACCUUUAUUCAUCUUAAAGCUAAUUUAUUUGGCCUUAACUACGCUACUUCCUAAUUAUAGGUGUGAUGCAGCCAGAUAAUUAAUGCGUAACGACUCCUCCUGCCAGCGCAGGACCGCUCAGAUAGACUGUAAUUGAUCGCAUUCUGCAGGCAGCGGACAAGUUACUUCACUUCCUCUUGGCUCCAGUUGGACCAACUUUAGGUGGAUGUUGUCUCAGAAAUGCGUCCCUUUGUUGCCCUGGUUCUUCUGGCUGCACUCUCCUCCGUCUGUGCGGACCGACAGGCGAACUCCUGCAGCGUCGUCCCCAGAGACCAGUACCUUGAGUAUGGACGGGACACGGAGGUGGUGUGCCGGACCUCGUGCCUCCCCGGCCCCGUCUCCUGGACGCUCGGCGACAGUCCCGUGGCCCAAAGCCUGUCGAGGAGCGUGAACUCGACCCACGCGGUGCUGACGCUGAGGAACUUCACCCGCGGCGACGCGGCGCUGGAGUGCCGCAACUGGCACACGGGCCUGGUCCUGGGGGGCACGUACAUCCGGACGUACCACAGACCCACCAACCUCUCGUGCGUGAUACAUCCUGGGAGCCCGGAUGAGAGGGGGGUCGCGCAGCUGCUCAGCUGCCGCUGGGAGCAUCGCGACGCGCCGCCCAGCACCAACUACACUCUGCUGUACGCCCGCAGGUCCAAACCGGAGGACGAGGCCGUCUGCCGCUCGCGGGCGACGCGCUGCACGUGCCCGAACAGACUCCGCGUCAGCGUGGACGCCUGGCUCGCGGUGAGAGCCGCCACCGAGCACUGGGAGGCGGUCUCGGACCGGGUCGUCUUCAAGCCCCACGAGAUCACGAGGAUCAGCCGCCCGUCGGUCAACGUGACCGCCUCCCCCGACCGAGUGGAUGUGACGUGGAACCAGUCGAUGCCCUCUGUAACGUGUCACUGUCAAGUCAGAUACGCAAAGACUGUUAAUGGUGAAGUUCUGGAGCCGCAGGUGCUGAACAAGACCCUAGAACCUCGACAGGCCGGGGUCCAGACCCUCGAGGACCUGGAUUCCUGCAGCAACUACAGCGUCCGGGUUCGCUGCGCGUUGGACCGGGCCCCGUGGAGCGACUGGAGCCGUGAGCACACGCUUGAGACCGGACUCAGCAAGAGACACGUGAGGCUGCGUCUAUGGAGGACGAUAUCGGACCCGGGGGCAAACGGGUCGAGGAAGGUCCGCGCCCUGUGGACGGAGGUUCCACCGAGCUGCCGGGGCUCGUUCACCUACGCGUUGGGAAAGGCCUCCUACGCCGACGCCGACCCGACGCCGGUUCCGUGCGGCCGCCCGCCCUGCGUCCUGGACGUGGACCGGCGCGCGCACACUUUAAACCUGGGCGUGUGGGAGAACCAGCGCCUGCUGGCGGAGGACUCUGUCUACGUCCCAGCCUCUGCAGAGACAGACCUGCCGCAGGUUACGGACGUCCGGACCUCGAGCCUGAACGGCGCCAUCCUGGUGACGUGGAGCGCUCCGGCUCAGCCCGUCAGCGGCUACGUGGUCGACUGGACCCACCGCGGGCACCGCUUCGACUGGACGGAGAGCGGAACCACCAGCGCGGCGCUGUCCGGCCUCCUGGAUAAGAAGCCGUACGACAUCACAGUCACGCCCCUCUUUGACAACAAAACGGGUCACGGCACCCAGGUUCUGCAGAUCUGCUCCAGAGUCGGAGGUCCGGGGAACGUCACGGUCACCAGCGUGGACCCAAACGACAGAACCGCCUCCGUGGGCUGGAGCACGACGUCCCAGGAGGAGUGCAGCGGCGACGUCAUGGCCUACGUCGUCCACUACGGCGCAGAGAAGGGCCCGGCGCUCAACGUGACUGUGGACGGCACCAGGCGGAGCAUCGGUCUGAAGGAGCUGGAGCCGGACACCCAGUACAGCGUCCACGUGGAGGCCUGGGCUCUGACGGGCAGCACCACGAGCAGCAGGCGGCUGUUCAGAACCAAGCGCUACGAUUCCAGGCUGCCUCUAGCGCUCGGCGUCUGCGGCAGCAUUGUCAUCGCGCUCGUGUUCUGCGUCGGGCUCUUCUGUGCCGUUCAGUGGAAGAAGUUCAGCGAGAAGCCGGUUCCAAACCCAGGCCUCAGUUCCUUACAGUUGUGGUCACCAGCAGGUCAAAAGGAGGUCGGCUCCUUGCAGCCUUUCAUCACUCCCUCUGAAAGCCUUGUGGACCACAUCUACACAGAGGGACCUCAGAGAGCACCCACCUCCCCGGUUAUUGUUACAGCUACGAGCUGUAACAAUAACCUCGCCCGUAAGACGGACGACUACGCGGACCCAGCUGUCGCUGUCGCCCCAGACCUGCAGGGGGAGGGGUCACGUGAACGGGUUUUCUGCUCCUCGGGGGAAUCCACGGCCCUGCUGCCGUCGGGGAGCGGCCCGCUCAGCCCGUAUCGGAGUCAGAGUUCUGGGGAGGCGCCGACCUCACAGUGCACGCGUGCUCCGGCGCCGGUGACCGUGUACAUCACUCUGGAUAUGUGUGACCAAGGGCAGAGCAGGUGAGACACAGGAAUAAAACCGGAGUCCGCUGAAGACGUGCGUGGAACUGUGUGACGUUGUGUUGCUUGGUGCCGUUUCCAUUGUCAUCAAGUAAAUAGUUAAAAAUAAGUUAAGGUUCUCAUUUGGGUUCAGCAUCAACAGAACAGAACAAAUGUUAAUUUAUUCAACUUUUCGUUUACUGUUUUAAAUGUGUUCCACAGGUAAAUGUAAAUAUGUACAGUCUGUAUUAUAUUAUAUCAAGACUCUGUCCAGUUUGUGCUGAAAGGGUUCGCAAAUAUAAAUAGAGCAGCUGCUAUUUGUUGUAGGAUUAUCUGUGUAUUAUUAUAAUAUUGCCUGUGCAUUGUUGAUAGUAUCGGUUGUUAAAACAAUAGUAAACUUCCCUGAAACUAA